AUGUCUCGAUUCAAGACUAUACUGGUAACUGGCGGCGCUGGAUACAUCGGCAGCCAUUGUGUGGUAGAUCUCCUGGAAGCCGGCCAUGAUGUCGUGGCUAUAGACAACUUCGCUAACGCAGUGGGAGACGACACUGGGUCACCAGCCCUCAAACGCGCGGAACAGAUCACUGGCAAAACGAUUCACUUUUACAAGGCGGACUUGCUGGAUAAACCGCUGAUUAAUGACAUUUUUGACAAGCACCCUGUAGACUGUGUAAUCCACUUCGCGGCGCUGAAGGCUGUUGGAGAAUCCAUGCAACAACCUCUACUGUACUACCAGAACAACAUUUUGGGCAUGCUCAACUUGUUGGAGAUUAUGAGAUCACACAACUGCUAUCAGAUGGUAUUUUCCUCAUCCUGCACUGUGUACGGAGAGCCGGAGUAUCUGCCUAUAACCGAGAAUCACCCUACUGGUAGCAUCACCAACGUGUAUGGAAGGACCAAAUACUUCAUCGAGGAAAUGCUCAAAGAUCUAAGCGCUGCUGAUGAGAAAUGGAACAUAAUAUGCCUUCGGUACUUCAACCCGGUGGGCGCGCAUCCGUCAGGUCUGAUUGGUGAAGACCCUACCAAGGAGUUCACUAACCUCAUGCCGUUCAUGGCCCAAGUGGCGCUCGGCAAGAAACCUGUGCUUACUGUCUUCGGCAGUGAUUACAAUACACCUGAUGGCACUGGUAUCCGAGACUAUAUUCACGUUAUGGACCUUGCGAGCGGUCACGUUGCAGCGCUGAACUUGCUAAGCAGCACUCACGUUAAACUAAAGGUCUACAAUCUGGGUACCGGCAGAGGAGUUUCAGUUAAAGAACUGGUGGACGUGUUUGAACGAGUAACGAACACUAAGAUUCCUUUGAAGUACGUAGCUAGAAGACUGGGGGAUAUUACAGCCAUGUGGGCAGACGCGAGCCUCGCUAAGCAAGAGCUGGGCUGGUCCACUAAACUGAGCAUUGAAGAGAUGUGCACUGAUUUCUGGAGAUGGCAGACAAUGAACCCUGAUGGCUACCCCAAGAAAAGUAAGAAGACGAGCGUCAUUGUGAACGCGAACGGAAACAGCUAA